GUAGUGGGGAGGACAUAAUAUACGGGUCGGCUCAACUUGACCAAGCACCGGUCAGCAAAGGGUCAAGUUGACCUCUGCCCCGGUAGCUGAGAUUCGAAUUCCUUUUCCUGCUGGCAUCCUCGAUUGAAACUUGCUGCUACGCACCUACUCCAAUACCACCUUGUCUGAUCCUGCUGUGUUUGUCCUAAGUUCAUUGUUUUGACCAAGGCUGCAGGUUUUUUGUGUACAUUAAACUUAUAAUAAGCCUCCUGACUUGCUUCAUCAUUUGGGUUGUCAUAGUCUGUGCUGAACCCACCACAGAAUCUUUUGGUGUCAGAAGUGGGAUCCGAAGAAAGAGUCUACCAGACCUCCCUUUCAGACGAUAAGUGGAGCCUUCGGAACCUUGCAAUCAAGUCAGAAGCUGAACAAGUACUUUUUUUAUUAUAUUGUACCAUUUGAGAUAUUCCGGUUGUUUUUUUUUUUUUCUUUCAGGGUAGUUUAGGUAGUUAUUAUUUAAAGUAUAUAAUUGUAUUAAGUUAGAGUAUAAUUGUAUUAAACAAAAACCUGCAGCCAAUGGAGAACAGGACAAAACACAAUGCAGUGGAUUGGGGUGAGGUCGGUCCUUUGGGCAGCGAAGGAGAGCCAGAAGGAGGAGCAGGAGUGGACCAAACUGAAGUCGCUGCCCUCCGGGCUCAGUUAGAGGCCCUGAAACUGGCCUGCCAACGGCCUCUCAUAAUCUCGGAACAGACAAAGCAGGUGCGCCAGUUCAGUGGUAGGGGCACUGCCGAUGAGCCAACGGCUGAGGACUUUGCAAGGGAAAUAAGAGAGGCAUGGGAGCUCAGGCCUUAUUCUGCACAGGAAAAGGUGGCAGUCAUUAUGAGCAAUGUCAGCGGCCCCGCCAGGAAGGAGCUCGAUUUGCAGACCUCAAAGACAAAGAGUGACCCAGAAGCCUUGUUGGAAACCCUCCUUGAGGCGUUUGCCCAGACUAUGCCAGUGCGAGAAGCUGAGGUGGUCUUCCUGAGAUCACGUCAACAGAUAGCAGAGUCCCUUCGAGACUUCUCACACCGGCUCUUCUGCGAACACUCGGUGGCGGUAAGCCAACAAAGGCGGGAGAGAGUUGAGUGCUUCAGCGAGGCAAGGCUGAGGGAUCAAUUCGUCCACGGGCUGAACGACUCUGCACUACGUAGGGAACUGCUGAGACUGGUGGAGGAGGAACCAGCAAUAACAUUCAUUGCAGUUAGAAACCAGGCCCUCAAAUGGGAAAGCCAGGACCGAGGAAACUCCCAACUACAAAACCAGUGGUGUGAACUGGUAAGUUCCCAAUUGAACAGGUUUGGGGAGUUAUUGGAGGCUUUACAGCACACUCCACAAGCAAAUGGGCAGAGCAGCCCAUACCCCGACCAGCCUCUCCCCCAAACACAGACAAGUCACCAAGUUCAGUGGGCAGUUAACCGCCCCACAGCACCUGCAGGACUGAUUUGGGCGCAAACAAGUAGGGGAUUCUUCCCAUAUGCUGAGGAUGGAGCACCAGUCUGCAUCAACUGCUGGAAGUCUGGACAUGUGGCAAAUCAAUGUCUGGAAUUGUCACAACCUGAAACUCUGAUUCACUCAAGUGCUAUUGGUUGUUCUGUCAAUGGUCUAUUGCCCCCUGUUUCAGAAAAUCCACCCACAAUACCUAAAAGGCAGAAGUUAGGAAAAUGGUGUAAUUUUCACAACAGCCGCUCACACAAUUUGUAUGAAUGCAGAUCAAAGCCAAUCCACACAAUUGCUGCCCUUUUUCCUGGAUACACAAACAACCCAUCUUCAACUGGACGUAAUCCGCAAGUUGAAGAGGAAGUGCUAAUCAAUGGACGUAGGGCUAAAUGUCUAUUAGACUCUGGCUGCUCUUUUGAUGCUAUUGUCAGUAGAUCUUUUGUAAGACCUGAAGACAUUAUGGAUGUAUCAGUGACCCUUCAAUCUCUUGACUUAGACAUCCCACCCAAAACAGUACCUCUUGCUAAAGUGCAUGUCAAGUCCCGUUUUGUCCAUAGUACUAUUACAGCUGCUGUUUUAGAAUCCUCAUUGUAUGACAUUGUACUUGGAUCAAGAUUUAUAAAGCUGGAUAUUCCCCAAAACUCCACUAUUAAGUUGCCUUCAGUGCAUCUAACCGCAUCCUCUCAACAAGGAGUAAGAGACACCCAAGACGUUUUUAAAUCCAAGCACACCAUAAGAGAUAUGACGCCAUCACACCUGCCUAUUAAUGUUAGCUCUCAAUGUAGAGAGGCCCUGCAGGUUGCGAGAGAAACAGUCAAGUCUCACCCCUCCGAAUUAGUUAGCAGGAGCAAACUUGCCAUUUCACCUCAAGUCAACCAAGUAGGACAACGGGCCAAUAAACAGGCUAGGCGCAUUCACACCCGUGGUGCAAGUCACCUUACCCAACCAGGCUCUACAUCCAGAGAUGGAAAGUUUGAGGCUUGUCAGUCAUGCAAGUCCCGGAUUGAUAAGUUCCGCAGACCAUAUUCAUUCAGGAGAAACAAACAGUGCCACCAGCAACAGAGACUUUUUGGUUCAUCCCUCACUACCGCACUACCAUCAGGUUCCCAAACAUCUAUGACAGAUUUUAGUGUCCUUGAUUACCAGAUGGAAAGCCCACAGCACCAGCUACAUUCUUCAUACAAAGAGAAACCUGAUAGGCCACCCUGUAGAAUCCAAGGUUAA